GCAAUGGCCUCGGAACGCUACAGUUUUUCUCUGACUACAUUUAGUCCAUCCGGUAAGUUGGUGCAAAUUGAGUAUGCACUGGCAGCGGUCACGGCUGGUGCGCCAUCGGUUGGAAUUAAAGCUUCCAAUGGAGUCGUCAUUGCUACCGAGAACAAGCAGAAGUCGAUCCUGUAUGACGAACAUAGCGUUCACAAGGUCGAAAUGGUAACCAAUCACAUCGGAAUGAUCUACUCCGGUAUGGGUCCGGACUAUCGGCUGUUGGUGAAGCAGGCUCGUAAAAUAGCUCAGAAUUAUUAUCUGACCUACCGGGAGCCAAUUCCUACCUCGCAAUUGGUGCAGAAAAUUGCGACCGUAAUGCAGGAGUACACCCAAUCCGGCGGAGUCCGACCUUUUGGAGUUUCGCUGCUGAUCUGCGGCUGGGAUAGCGAUCGUCCGUAUCUGUUCCAGUGUGACCCCUCGGGAGCCUAUUUUGCUUGGAAGGCUACCGCUAUGGGUAAAAAUGCUAUCAACGGAAAGACCUUCCUGGAGAAACGUUACAGUGAGGACCUAGAGCUGGACGAUGCGGUUCAUACGGCAAUUCUUACGCUGAAGGAAGGCUUCGAGGGUCAAAUGAACGCCGAUAACAUUGAGGUAGGCAUCUGCGAUGCCAACGGUUUCCGGCGGCUGGACCCAGCCGACGUUAAGGAUUACUUGGCUAAUAUUCCGUAAAUAUUUAAAAAUUUUGUAUUCUAAACUUUGCUCGAGAAGUUUUUCGGUAUUCAAUAAAAAGGAUUACGAGAAUUAUUAUUUCUAUUUUGGUAUUG